GCCUGGGCUCUGGCCGCCUGUGCGCCCGCUCACUCAUUCACUUGGCCCUCGCUGUCACUCACCAUCACUUGGUCCUUGUCAGUUGGCCCUCGCCGGCACCGUCCAAGCCCCCUGGCUGUCUCUCCCUCCUGGGCUCUCCAGCCCCAGGCUGGCCACUUCCGAAGCCCCCGACGCCAUGGAGGAGUGGGAUGUGCCCCAGAUGAAGAAGGAGGUGGAGAGUCUCAAGUACCAGCUGGCCUUCAAGAGGGAGAUGUCGUCCAAGACCAUCCCUGAGCUCCUCAAGUGGAUCGAGGACGGGAUCCCCAAGGACCCGUUCCUGAACCCUGACCUCAUGAAGAACAACCCAUGGGUGGAAAAGGGCAAGUGUGCCAUCCUGUGAGGCCCCCGCCCCGCCCCCAGGCUCUUGCUCGUGUAGGGAGGACGACUCUAUAAAGGUGUGACUUUUAU